AUGUAAAUUGUAAUGAUAGAAACACAAAGCAGUGACUAAGUGUUCUAAGUGUGUGUCAUUUGUGGUUUUGCUUAUUGCUUGUUUGUUUUGUUCGAAACAACGAUUUCACAACGACUAGGACAAAAGCCCGUGACUAUUUGUCUGUUACCUUUGAGUCACGUGACCAGGAGGUGGGACAAUAGAGGCUGUAGAUCAACAGGUAAAAACAAGGACAGAAUUGUCGGCACCAACGCGACGAUGAACCCUAUAAGCAGCGGGCGCAAACCGCUGGGGAAACUUGCGGCGCGCCUGGAGGAGGUGAAGAACCCAUGGCGGCCCCCAUCCACGCUAGAGCUGAGCCAUAACGAAGCGGCGCGUCUCGCCACGGACGCGCUUCUAGAGUCUGGAGAGAAGGAAUACCGGCGGGUUUUGACCGUGGAGAAAGAGCUCAACUUUCUGUCCGCUGCUGAAAUUCGCUAUAUUACCGAACAUGCGGCAAAGUCCGGGGAUCCCGAGAACGGCUCGAAUGGCGUGGGGGACUUUGGAGAAGGAGACACGGCUUCAGAGCUCACUUCGGGAACUUAUUUCCCCAUGAUGUCAGAUGAAGAGCCGCCUAUGCUUGAGCUAGGCUGGCCUGAAGUGACCAACCGUCACGGCCCCAGUGAGACCCAGAUCUUCUUCCAAAGAGACAAGUCGCAAAAUGUCAAAGAUCUGGUCAGAUCUCUGAUCAGUAAAGCCAAGAAGGUCAUUGCGUUGGUCAUGGACAUAUUCAGCGAUGUGGACAUUUUCUGUGACUUGCUUGAGGCCUCUCACAAACGGAAGGUUCCUGUGUAUAUUCUGCUUGAUGAGAAGAAUCUCAGUUAUUUCACUGAUAUGUGCAAUGCGCUAGAAAUCCAGCACUCACACUUAAAUAAUAUGCGAAUACGUAGCGUAUGUGGAGACACGUAUUGCACCAAAAGUGGGAAGAAAUUUACAGGACAGGUCCAGGAAAAAUUCAUGAUCAUUGACUGCGAGGAAGUAAUAGCUGGAUCAUACAGUUUUACCUGGUUGUCUGCUCAGGUGCACAGCAACAUGGUUUUGCACUUUUCAGGACGCAUUGCUGAAAGCUUCGAUAGGGAAUUCCGUUGUCUAUACGCAGACUCACAAAUCAUUGAGCAUUUCUAUAACCCUGAUGAGGAAGGUCUUCCCCACUUCAGUUACAUGAUGCCCAAUAUAGACCUCCAAGACAGAGGAAAUCGAGAGAGGGAAAGGGUUAGCUCAGAAAACUCAAGUAGCCAGUCCAGCAACAGCAUCUCCAGCAUUAAAGCAGCUCCAGGUUUAACCUCUCAAGUCUAUAAGGUCACCCAGGAAAAGAAGGACACUGGCACAAACAAGAGUGCAGAGAAGCGGGGUGUUUUAAAUUCAGGACAUCAGAUGCCUCAAGGAAGUAACAUCGGCGGGUUGUGUCACAAUGAUUCCCUGCAGAAUUCAGAAGUGGUAUGUUCUGGAGUGGAAUGGACCAAAGCAGGAACCUUCCAAACCAACCUUGCAGGACCAACAUCCAAAUUUCAAGGAUUGGAUCUCUAUGACCACAAAAAUGUCUUUCAAACUGCUACCAAAGCACAGCCGAAUCCUUUAAUGGAGAACAAACCACCCAAAGUACGUAGUCCUACCAGUCCUCUUUUUAACAAAAUCACUGACCUCUUCUCUUCGUCAGCAAAGGACAAGGACCCCCAUGUAUUAUAUAAGCCACUACCAUAUACUGCAGCAUUUGGGGGUCCAGAUCUCUCACAAAAUGAGCCAGAGAGUAGUCAGAGUCCUCCUCCACCAGCACCUUUGCCCAAAGAACGAACAGGCCAGGAUUACAGAAUCACUCGGGGGGAUGAGAAGCGAAUGACACUGGGACACAGCAAACUAGACCUGGUCAACUACUACAACAAGAUGAAAUCAAAGCAGGUGUACAGCCGCUUUGAACUGAAGAACAAUUGACCUUGUCAAACCUAUUCUAAUACCUCUUGGCCUAGACAUUACCAUAUUCCACUAGAAUUUAAGCCUUCUGAAAAAUAGCGUGAGCCUGUGAACAUUUUUUUGCCAGGUUUAUGAUUUACAGUGAGUACUGUAUAUUAAAUUGCUGUAUAUAAGGCUGGUGUAUAGCUUUAGUUAACCGGUGCAUUUUCUGACAUUUAAAGGUGUUAUAGAUUUCUGUAAUUAUUGUGGCAAGCAAGAAUGUUAGUAGAAAAAAGCUAUGAAUCUAUUAAGAGGAAUAGUUAUUUGCUUUAUUUGUGUUAUUUCAUUACCAAGCUUUCCAGUCUUCCAGAUGUUUUUGUAUUUAUACUAGCCAUACUUUCAACUGUAAAGAAACUGCAGUAACUCAAACAUCUAACAUGCUAUACACUCACCAUGUACUUUAAUAGGAAACACCUGUAUACCUUCUCAUUUAUGCAGUUCUUAAAGCACAUGGCUGCUGCACAGCAAUGCAUAAAAUCAAACGGAUAUAGGUAGAAGAUAAUGUGGAUAUCAAACAUCAGAAUGGUGUGACCUCUGUGACUUUAACUUCUGCUGUUGUAACCCAUUCACCUCAAAGUUUGAUGUGGGCUGAGAUGCUUUAUUGCACACCAGGUAAUAAUAUGUGAGUUACUGUAUUCUUCCUGGCUGUUCAAACCAAUCUGGUCAUUUUCUUCUAAUCUCUCAUAUUAUCAUCAAUGUGUUUCCAUCUGCAUAAUUCAGGUAUACUCUAGAGACUGUGGUAAAUGCAAAUCCAAGGAGUUUAUGAAAUACUCAAACCAGGACAUCUGGCAACAAUAGCCAUGCGACAGUUAAAGUCACAGAAAUCACAUUUUCCCCAUUCACAUUUAAGUGUGAAUGUCUUAGUUAUUUAUUUGAGGUUGAAACAAUUAAAAAACAUCUGUUUGUAAUAAGUGUGCUUAAGACAUAAUGUGUAUUGUAAAUCACUUAGUGGUUAAAUAAGUGUUCAAAAGCCAAUUUGACCAACAUACAGUACUGAUAGUGUGCUUACGUUGGAAAUACCAAAUAGUGAGGAAGAUGUCCAUUUGCAUAGUUUAGCUUGAUACUGAUCAGGUACUGCUUCAACCCUUGGUUUUAAGAAAUUAUAGUGUCCUGUAGUCAUAAAAACACAAAAUUUGAUUAAUAAAUAGAAAUGCACACUUCAAAAAGUUACAAGCCCAUUUUAUUAUGCUUGGCAUGCUUUACAAAGCUUAUUUGAGUACUGGGUGGAGAGUUGUAUGCAGUAUCAAAUUAUUGUUCUAAUCUUGUCCGGUUCAAACCAUUGUCAGCUGCUUUUUUUUUUUUUGCCAUGUCUGUUUUAGAGUACAAGUAUUUUAAAAAAACAUCUUAAAGUAUUUGCCACCUUCUUUUACUACUCUUAUAUGGAAAUUGAAAAAAUAGUAUUGUAAAUGAUGUUCAGAAUUUUAUGCCUGAUGAGGAAAUAAAUAUUUUAAAUGUAGAACAAAGCACCAUGUGAUACUAGAGUAGAUGUGUCAUUGAGCGUAUACGUGGCAUGGCAAAUGCGUGGACAAUUGUUGCUGUAAUGUGUUAAAUGACAGUCAGACUAAAAAAAUUUGCAUUCUGCAUUCAGCAGCAUGCCUGCUUAAGCUCUCAUCAUUAAAGCUUUUCUUAUCUGCUA